GCCAGGGUGUCACUGCUGGGGUGGGGGUGUCCACUGGGCAUGGUGUCCCUGCUUGUCCUGGCAGCUGCUAGUGAAUCUUAGGGGGAAGGAAUUGGCGUUGGGAAUGCGCAUGCAACCCAGGCAUCUGUGGCACGCACAUGUGUACACACACACAAAUGGAACCCAGGCAUCUGGGACGCAUGCAUGCCCGCCCCCUGCUGCUCCCCGCAAUUCUGCAUGGCACUACCUGCGCCGGCCCCACCCUUUCCUGGUCCUGGUGCCACCUGGGGGGUGGGCUGUAGGGGCAAGGCCCCGGGGCUCACGCCUGGCCCAGACUAAAGGCACGGAGGGGACAGGGGGAACAGUGUCAGGGGCAGACCCAGGUCCUGACUUGAGCCCAGGAGGACACUUACCUGGGCUCUUCCGCAAGCCACGGGGGUUGGAAGUGGACCCAGGAGUAGUUGUAGGCGACUGCAGGAGAGACCCCAGAAGUAGCUGCGACCUCAGAGGGUGUAACGGGGCACCCCAAUGCAGCUGGCUCUGGGGUGGGCACUGGGUGUAACAGGGUGCCCCAGUGCGACUGGGUCUGAGGCGGGUGCUGGCACUGGGUAUAACCCUGCCCUAGCCCCUUGAACAGAAGUAUCGGAGUGCUAAGCUCCCAGCUCCCUCUGCCCUUGCCCCCACCCAGUCCUGUCCCCCACUUUCAGAGCUGGGGGAAAACACAGGAGUCUGGGUCCUCAGCUCCCCCUUUAUUUCUUAUAGGGUCUGGAGGAAAGCACCUGGGUGUUGUUCCUCAGCAGCUGCAUCAGGAGUAUCACCAGCACCACCACCAGGCCUGGCAGGUGGCUGGGGGGGCAGGGGAGCAGGGGUAAGAGUGGGGAGUGAGUGUAGUCCCCCACUCCCAGGUACCUGGGUUCUUCAAGAAGGGCCCCCAAAGGCCACAUCCAGCCCCUCUGCAGAGAGCCCAGACCCAUGCCAUCCCUCCCCCCAAGGCCAAGCAGCAGGGAUUGCCUCUGUGGUGCCCAUCGCCACCACCAGCACCAUCCUUACCAGUGACCCCCAUCACAUACCGCCAGCAUGGCUUCUGCACCGUAGUCCCAGCUGCCCCAUUCUCUGGGUCAGCUGUGCUCCCUGCAGGGGGCACAGGUGGGGCAGAAAAUCCAGGCAUCCGGAUCCCCCUGCUCCCCCCAAGCUGGGGCAGAACCCAGGCAUCCCAUCCUCACCAGGGGGGUGGGUGCCAUUUGCCUCACCAGGGGGAGAAGCCUCCUUUGCCUCAUCCUGCCCUGCUGGCUGUGCUGUGCUGCCCAGUUCUGUCCUGCCAUGUGGGGCGUGGGCGCAGCAUUUAGGCAUGCUGUAGACCCCCCCACCCUGAUCCUCUCCCCCAUGACUCAGGGAUCCCCUUCCCUACCCUGUCCCCCAAGCCCUGGGGACCCCCUUGCCCUCCCUUCUACCCCAGAAACUCCCCAUUGUGACCCUGCACCGGGCCAGGGGGCCCCCAUAACUCCACCUCCUGGGACCCCUCUUUCCCUCCCUGUGCUCCCCAGGCCUAUCCCCCCAACCCCUGGGACCCUCCCAGUCCCAUGUCCAGGGCUGUAACCCCGCGACCCCUGACCCCAGCCCUGAGAGGCCACAGAGCCCUGAGUUGCAUCAUUGCUGCUGCCGCCAUCUUGCUACUCCCAGAGCACGCUGCAACGCUGUUGGCAGGAUGUCACCGUGGCACUGGCAUGGAUCUACCAUUUGCUGUGCUGGGGGGGGCAGGGUCUGCCUCCUGCAGUCCCCCUACAUCCCCUGGAAAUGCGGCCAAGUCUCUGCAAAGGGGAAGAGGAAGCAAUGAUGCAGAGUGGUGUCUUCAUGGAGAACACACGGGGACCACCCCCCACCAGGGCCACAUCCAGCUGCCAUGCAGACCCCACCUGCACCCCCUGCCCUGGGACCCCUGUGGCAGCUGGAUCCGGGCCCCCUGUCCCAGCCCUCUUUGAGGGCCGUAUCCUGCCUGCCCGUAGCCCCCCACCCCGUUCCAAGCCCCCUUGUGUGGGACUGGGCAAUCAGGCAGGUGGAGGGGGCCAUGUAAUGAGCUGGGGGGGCUGCAGGGCACUCAUUUAUUAAACAUCACAUGCUUGAAUUUGACCCUAAGGAACAGGGAUCAUGCCUGGGCCAGUGCUGUCUCCCGGGCAGCCUGGAUGCCUGGGUUCUCCCCAGACUCGACCAUGGCAGCAGGGCCUAGCGGGGUUAUCUGGAGAGGCUCGGAGGCCCGGAUGCCUGGGUUCCCUCCCGGCUCCAGGACAGUAGUGGGGAGCCUGGACACCUGGGUUCUUUCCCAGUAUUGGGCAUUGGGAGCAGCAGGGGCUGGAAGCCCGAUGCCUGGGUUCUCUUCCUGCUCUGGGUGGGUGGUGGAGCCCUGUAGGUUAUAUUGGGGGGGUUUCCAAAGCCUGGACAUCUGGAUUCCCUUGUGGCCCCGAGUGGGGUGAGGGGGUGGACACCUGGAUCCCCUUGUGUGGCUCUGGGGGUGCCUGGACACCUGCUCACAUACAGGAAGGGACACAGGUGUCUAAUAUAAAAUGAAUGCAGCUGGGCAUGGGAUGGGUAGGACACAGCUCCCCAGUGCAGCUGGUUCUGGGGUGGAGCUGGCAGCCAAGUAUAAAAUGAAUGCAGCUGGCUUGGGUAGGUGUCACAGGCCCCUGAUUGCAGCUGGCUCUGGGAAUGGGUAUAACAGUUUCCUGAUGCAGCUGGCUCUGGGGUGGAGCCAGUGGCCUGGUACAACAAGGAUGCCACUGGUUGUGGAGUAGGUCUAAGGAAGGGGUGGGCAAAAUACAGCCCACAGGCCAGAUGUGACCUGCCAGGCCAUUCUAUCCAGCCUGCGAGGCUCCUAAAAAAUUGAGAAAAUUAAUAUUUAUCUGCCCCCGGCUGCCUGGUAUGCAGCCCUUGAUGGGUCUGCCCCAAAUAAUUUCAUGCCCCUGGUCUAAGGGGUCCCUGCUGCAGUUGGCAAUGGGGUGAGCAGGGGGCAUAAGGGGCUCACAUGGUGCUGGAGGCGAGGUUGGUGCCCUCAUGCUCAAGCUUCCCCUGCAGAGCCAGCCCGGGCUUCUUGCGGUUGGCGCUGAGCAGUGGUGUUAGGGUGUAAAUCUUGCAGAAGGUCGAGCUCGGGGCCACCUGGUCCCAGGGGAGAGGUGGGGAGGGGGACUGAGACUCUCCCCUACCUCCCCCCCAGCCUAAGAUUUAGGAGGGGCCUCCAGGACGGCAGUGGGAGAGAUUCCAGACCUGUGGGGACACAGCUUUGGGGGCGGGGCUUGAUGAUGGGGGCGGGGCCUCCCCGGGCGUCACAGAGGGAACUCCGCUGUUUACCUUCAAACUGCAGUGGCAGGAGAUGGAGUUCGUGACCGGGUACCGGGCCGAGGUGCUGGAUCUGGCCGAGCUGCUCCUGGGCUGGCACCGGCGGCUGCUGGGAGGGGGUCCCCCGCGCCCCCCCCGCCGCCUGCCCCCCGACCCGGCGCGCUGGGUGCUGCAGCUGCUGCCCAAUCCCCGCCUGGCCUUGGCCCUGGCCUUGGCUCCGGGGGGGCCGGGGGGGGGCGCCCCCCGGGGUCGCCUAUGCGGAGAGGAGCCGCUGCAGCUGCGGGACCUGCUCCCGGGGCUCGGGUUCCUUCGCCUCGACGGGCCCGACGCCCGGCCCGGGCCAGGCCAGGUGCUGCUGCACGUUGAGCGCCUCUUGCUGGUGACGGACGAGCGCGGCGCCCUCCUUGGCCUCGACUUCCAGCUGGCGGCGACCGGGGCCGGGAUCGAGGCCCCCGCUCUGGGCGAGCGGGCGCUGCGGCUCGUGGCCCACACCAUGGCCGGGCCCCUGGGCGGAGGGGAGCCGCGGCGGCCCCGGGCCCUGGCGGUCACCGACGCGGAGCUGUACCGGGCGCUGGAGCCACUGCUGCAGCCCCGCCUGGGGGUGAAGCUGGCGCCUGGGCCGCUGCGGGGCUGGGGGCCAGCCCCGGGCCUGGCCCUGCCUCCCACCCGCGUCCGCGCCUGCCACGCGUGUCGCCGCCACGGCUUCGCCCCACGCCUGGCGGCCUGCCCGCAGUGCCGCGCCGUGCUCUACUGCUCCGAGCGCUGCCGCCAGCGGGACGCGGGGCACCGGGCCUGGUGCCAGCGCCUCGGGCGGUUCGUGGCCCGCGCCCGGGAGCUCGCGGACCUGCCCUUCACCUUCGCCGCCGAGACCACCAGCGACACCUUCGACCGCGAGGCCUUCCUGGCAGGGCGGGGGCUCACAGUGGGGCUCUGGACUCUCGAGAGCCUCCUUGUCCGGGCUCCCGACUACGGCGUGGGGCUGGGGGGGGACCACGAGCGCGAGCCGAGCCCCCCCCACAGCGGAAACCCCUUGGAGGGGCUGGCGCCCGAGGGAGGCCCCCCACUCCCCAUCGCCCCCACGCAGCCCCCCCCACCCCGGACCUACUUCAGCUCGUGGGCGGGGUACUACGGCUGGCGCGGGUUGGGCCCGGGCUGCCCCGCGGCCGCGCUGCUCUCCUACCCGCUCAGUGCCUACUACGUGCUCACGCAGCUCGUCCCGCGCCACUUCCCGGAGCUGAACAUCCUGAACAAGCGGUCGCUGAAGAUCCACGUGCUGGAGGCCGGGAAGGAGCUGGGGAGCUGUCGCUGCUGCUGCCGGACGUGUCCCUGGAGCUGCUGCUGUCGGGGCAGGCGCUGCCCCCCGCCGCGCAUGGCCGCCUGCUGCUGCCCCCGGAGGCAGAGGGGGGGCGGCCGCGGGGCGUGGGGGGCCGGGGGGGGCUGCAGCUGCGCAUCUGCGCCCGCCCCUCCCCCCUGCUGCAGGGGCCCAAGCCCGAUCUCGUGCUCGGGUUUAACCCCGGCUUCGCCCUCAAGGACACCUGGCUCAGCCUCCUGCCCCGCCUGCAGGCGCUGCGGGUCCCGGCUUACUUCACUGAGUGCAGCGAGUACAGCUGCGCCGUGGACCAGGCCACGGUGGCAGCGGCCACGGGGGGCAGUGCCAGCCCCCCCCAGCUUAACCCCUUCCGCUCCCCGCUGCGCCGGCCUGGCCUGGACAACACCCUGCCCUGGUACCCCAAUGCCUUCAUUUUCCACCUGCUGUACAAGGGGGGGGCAGGUGGAGGGCGUCCGGGUGCUCCCCCUGCCCCCAGCCCCCCCCCUGCAGCCUCCUGUGGCUCUGAACCUGCCGCAGGCCGGAGCUGGCGCAAGGACAAGAGGCAGCCGCGAGGGGGCAAGCGCCGGAGAUAACCACGGGGUGGGGGAGGGUGUCAGGGUAUUGCGGGGGGCACGGAUGGGUCAGGGGCAAUAAAGACACUGUGGAGCAGAAACCAACUGUAGUCGGAGCCUGGCCCCGGGGGGCUGCGGGUCAGGAGUGAGGGGCAUCGGCAGGGCUGGGGCUGGGGCUGCGGGUCCGGAGUGAGAGGUCUUCCCUGGCCAGAGCAGUGGGGUCCUUAACCAGCUGGACCCCUGCAAAGGCUCAUGGGAGAAUGCCCCCCCUCCCCCCUUUGGUCCCGCCUCUCCCGGAUGGUGCCAGCAUUGAGGCCCCUUCAUCCCUUGAGGUUGGAGACUGCAGAGGUGCAGGGGGGCAGGACUGGGGAGCCCCCACCGUGUUCCUGCUGAAGCCACAUGGUGGAUCCAGGUCCGGGGCGGGGGUCUGGGAAUAGAAAUUAUCCCCUUGCCUCCUGCAGUGUCCCAGUUCAGCUUCCCCCCACAACCCGGAUCAGGGCCCCCAGCAGCUCCACCCCGCCCCAAAUAACUCUCGGGGGCUCAGACAUGUGAAACUUUGCAUGCAUUUGGGGUAUCGGGCUGCGGGUUGGGAUUGAGGGGCACCGGGGGGGACGGGGUUAGGUCGGAAGUGAGGGGCACCAGUGGGGAUGCGGGGGCAGAUUUCUCGUGGGUGACAAGAUCGCAUGGGGCUGGGGCAGGUGAGGGUUGUAUAGUGGGUGGUCUCGCAUGGGCGGGGGCAGAGUCCAAGGCCGGUUGCAGUCACGACGGGAUGGGGGUUGCCAGGGUGCCCCACCAUUAACUCCUUUGCCCCCUUGGCGGUGCCCCUCACUCCUGGCCCGCAGACACGCGUGUCUCGGGGUUAAUUCCUUUAUUGGUAGCUCCGUGGGUCACACGCACACGCGGGGGGCGGGGGGGGCGGGCAUGUCUGGGCCUUGCGGGGGUGGGGAGAGGAGGGGAGGGGGCUGCGAUGACCGCCCACCCGGGUUUGUGGGUGGAGAGCGGCAGAAUCCCCGCCCUUACACGAGGCCCCGGGGCUGCAGGUCGGGAGUGAGGGGCACCAGCAGCCCUGGGAGUGUGAGGGGGGAAUAAAAGGGUCCCCUGACCACGUGCCCCCUGUCCCCAGGCUCGUACUACGGCUGGCGCGGGUUGGGCCCGGGCUGCCCCGCGGCCGCGCUGCUCUCCUACCCGCUCAGUGCCUACUACGUGCUCACGCAGCU